UCUGCCUCCCCCGCGCACCUGCCGCCGCGCCCAGACCAUGUCCAAGGCGGCCGGAGGGGCGGCGGCGGCGGCGGAAAGUUGCCCCCCGGCCCCGGGCGGCCCGUCCACCGCCGCCGCCGCCGCGGAGGACCUGUCCAAAGUGUCGGACGAGGAGCUGCUGCAGUGGAGCAAGGAGGAGCUGAUCCGCAGCCUGCGGCGCGCCGAGGCCGAGAAGGUGAGCGCGAUGCUGGACCACAGCAACCUCAUCCGCGAGGUCAACCGCCGCCUGCAGCUGCACCUCGGCGAGAUCCGCGGGCUCAAGGACAUCAACCAGAAACUCCAGGAGGACAACCAGGAGCUGAGGGACCUCUGCUGUUUCCUGGAUGAUGACCGGCAGAAAGGCAAGAGGGUGUCCCGGGAGUGGCAGAGACUGGGCCGCUACACGGCCGGGGUGAUGCACAAGGAAGUGGCCUUAUACCUGCAGAAGCUGAAGGAGCUGGAGGUGAAGCAGGAGGAGGUGGUGAAGGAGAACAUGGAGCUCAAGGAGCUCUGCGUGCUGCUGGACGAGGAGAAGGGCGCGGGCUGCGCGGGCAGCCGCUGCUCCAUCGACAGCCAGGCCAGCCUGUGCCAGCUGACGGCCUCCACGGCGCCCUACGUGCGGGACGUGGGCGACGGCAGCAGCACCUCCAGCACGGGCAGCACCGACAGCCCCGACCACCACAAGCACCACGCGAGCGGGGGCAGCCCGGAGCACCUGCAGAAGCCCCGGGCCGAGGGCAGCCCGGAGCACCCCAAGCACAGGAGCACCAGCCCCGAGCAUCUCCCGAAACCCAGGGCCUCCGGGACCCCGGAUCACCCAAAAGCGCUCAAAGGACCCAGCCCCGAGCACCACAAACCCUUGUGCAAGGGCAGCCCCGAACAGCAAAGGCACCCGCACCCCGGGAGCAGCCCCGAAACGCUGCCCAAGCACGUGCUGAGCGGGAGCCCAGAGCACUUUCAGAAGCACAGGCCGGGGGGCAGCCCCGAACACGCCAGGCACAGUGGGGGGAGCCCCGAGCACCUGCAGAAACACGCCCUCGGUGGGAGCCUGGAGCAUCUCCCCAGAGCCAGGGGCACCAGCCCUGAGCACCUCAAACAGCAUUACGGGGGGAGCCCUGAUCACAAACUCGUGGGCGGAGGAGGCGGCGGCAGUGGCAGCGGCGGAGGCAGCAGGGAGGGCACCCUCCGAAGGCAGGCGCAGGAGGACGCGUCACCCCAUCACCGGAGUGUCUACAGUGGCAUGAACGAGUGCUCUUUGAAAAAAAGAACGCCUCAAGUUUGAUCAACACAUGAUUAACUGAUGAGAAAAGAUUUCAAGUGCAAUUUUUAAGCAAUACCUUGCAUAAAAGUAUAUUUCUGGAUGAGGAUGACAUUACAUCAUGGCUUAUUAUUGCCUGCAUUCAGAUAAGCUUAUUGAUUGAGCAAAUGAUUUUUAAAAUGUAACCAUUUUAUUUGGCUAAAAUUUCUGUAUAACAGAUGCAUCAUUUAGAGUGACAUUGUAUUUUAUUCUUAUGUUUACUUCAGGUUUUCUCAUUCUUAAGUGACAAAUCUGCUGACAGUUGAUAUCCUCACCAAAGUAUAUUUGUAGUACAUUUGCAUUGCAUUUUUAUUCAAUAAUUCAUUGGAAAAUGAAGUGGCACAAAGAGGUGUGUGUGGAUCAUCAGCCUGUAAACUUGGGCGCUGGUAGCCUGCAUGUAUCCUGCCGUUACAAAUUAAUUUUUGAUAUGGUUGCUAAGACAUGACUUUUCAUAUUUUUAAUCCCCCCACACUUCGGUUGAAUUGUUGGCCUAGAAACAAGUGAGAACCAGUAGCAAGAUAAAUCCCAAAUUGCAGAUUCAUUGAGUCAUUUAUAGAUUCAUUCUGUUUGGAGUUUGUGUGAGAUAAUGAAUGUUUUGGAUGAACACUUGCACGUUUUUGAAUGAAGAAAAAGUAGGUGAAAGCAGGUGGAAGUAAGUCUGCAUUAUGGCAGAAUGAAAUGGAAAAGAAACACAUAUGGGCAUAAUAUUGUCUUACUUGUAACGUUCCUUCCAAAAAGACACAUGUACCCCCUGAGGGAACAUCAGUGAAAACAAUUACUGUUUUAGUUGGUUGUGCCUUGGACAUCCUUAAGUCUUGGUACAAACUCAGUGGAGGAAGUAGUUGAUGAACUGCGUAUCUAAGAGUUUCCUUUGGUUAAAACAGUUGGCUUAAUUUCCAACUGGAUACAAAGGUGAAUGUGGGGUACUUUUCCUUUCUUAAAAAUAGCUAAGACUCAUGUAAAUGAGUAGCUGAUUGAAGAACAGCAUAAAGCAAAGACAAAACAGAAAAACAACCCCUCCAGAUUGAACAACAUGCUCAUGAAUUCAUUUACUUUUUUUUUUUUAGAAGUUAUUAUUCAACUGUUUUUUUUAAUUUGCAGAGAAUUCCAUGUGCAAAGAGGAAGUAGAUUCAACACCCUUACAUCUAGACAUUAUCUGUUGUUUAUCGACCUUUUGAAAAAGUUGCCUAAUUAUCCUGGUCGGUCUCGUUUACUUAGUGGUCUUAGAGCAUGUCCCAGUGACCAGUAGCUUCACGCUGUCCUUCCACAGCACCCUAGCCAAUGAGAGCACCCAUGAGGAAACUAUGGGUUUGUGUCAGGCAGGGUCCAUUUAGAACUACGUUCGGCCUUGCUGGAUGGAGUGUCAGGGUUGUGUGUGUUCAGCUUCCUCCUGAAAGCUUCUUAGGGCUUCCUUCUUUUGUGAGGGAUCUCUAGAAAGAGCAAGUUGUUUCUCCUACCACUUCUUUCUCUAGAGCAGGGCUUCUCGACAGUGGCACGACCAGGUAAUUCUUUGUCGUAACGGGUUGCCUUAUGCAUUUUAGGAGGUUUGGCAACAUUCUGGGCUCUGAGCAACUUCCAGUUUGUGAUCAUUAAAGAUGUCUCCAGACGUUUCCAAAUGGUCCCAGGGGGGUAGGGGAAUGGCUAGAAUUGCCCCUGAUUCAAAACCACUGCUUCAGAGAGAGCAGUGUUUUUCAACCUGGCUGCAGAUUAAAAUCACUGUGGUAGCUUUGAAAAAAUGACCAAUGCCUGGGCCCCACUUGCAGAUACACAUUGAAUUGGUCUGGCCCUGUGUACGUUGCAGAAAAGAGCUCCUCGGUGAUUCUAAUGCUCAGACCAGGUGAAAACCACUCCCUGGGUGAGUGCAUGUUGUAUAAGAUGGGUGGACGUGUGUGUGGAGUGGUGAGGAACUCAAGCGUCUUGGGAAGAUGAAAGUUAACAUCCUUCCUUCCAUUGUUGAAUUCCAAGACUGAGAAGGACUGGCACCAGCAGGUACUAUGGAACUUCAACCCUUGACCCCAGACCAAGGUCCUCAGAUAAACACCUUUGGGGUACGUGUUGAAAAUUUGAGUUUUUGGUGGAUGGGAUUUUUAGGUGAACUUGGGGGAAACUCUGGCAUAUGAGUAGAUAAGAGCUACUUGUUCAAGGCUUCACAUCCAGACUGAAAGAAGCACAUGGAUUUCUAACCCAUUUAUAGUGGAUGCCGAUGGUGCAUGUAGAUCAAGUAACGCCUGCGAUGCUAAUGAAUGUUUCCCACUGAGAAUACUGCGUUUCACAUCUCCCACCUCAUAAGUUUUACUCUGAGUUUUUGGCUUUCUCCUUAUUCUCUGUUGAGGUUAUUAAUGAGUGAACGAAAAACGCUGAUAACACAAAAUGACCUUGUCUACGAGGGGUAAGAUAACCUGCGAGUGGAAGAGCCCAGCAGGAAUUCUCUGAAGCAAGGUUGUCUGUAAAUUAAGUAGUGGUGCACUAUAGCAUGAGUAAUUGCUCUCAUAAAUCUUUUAUUUUGCUUAGAAAAAAUCGGAACAUCAUUUAUGAAUGAUUUUGGACAAUAGGAAUUAAAUGUCUCCUGGGAGAAAAAUUCUAAGUUACAGAAUACCAGAACUGAUUUAAAUUGAGGACCUCAGAGUGUUGUUUUCUAUUGUGUGAACUGACAUGUAGCUGGUAAAAGAAGUAGAUGAUGCUUUUUGAUCCUUAAGCUUCAGUAUGGCAAUCUGGUAGUUUUAAACAUGCUUCGAUAGGACAUCAGUUUAAGAAGGUCUGAAAAAUAGAACCAAUUAUCAUACCAUACUUGUGUAUGCAAAGCAUAGUGCAUUUUUCAUGAGAAUACAUUUUGAUUUAAUGACAGAGCUUAAUACUGGAAAUACAGAUUAAGAAAUUUCUAAAUAUUUUAAGAGGCAAGCUAUUAUUGGAAAACCUAGAUGGCUUAGAAAGGUAUUUUCUGGUAGAAUUUAAGGUUUUCAACUCUACUUGCAAUAAGAAAGCUAUAAAAAUUCCUUUAAAUUUAGGGGACCAUUUUCUUCUUUCCAAAGGAGAUGAUCUGUAUCUACAAUCUAUAUGUGUGUAUGUAUAUAUUUUUGUUAAUAAAUAAAU